UGCUCGUGCUCGUUAACUUAAUAUAAAAACCCUGCCCUGCAUGAGUCGGCAGUAACUUCUUACACAGGACUCCUGAUAACCGGGUGUGAGAGUUCAGCUCAUCUCCUCAUCGCUAACUCCAUCCUCUUUGGACACAACAUAGAUAAACAUGCGUGAGUGUAUCUCGGUGCACGUUGGUCAGGCUGGCGUUCAGAUCGGCAAUGCCUGCUGGGAGCUUUACUGCCUGGAGCACGGCAUCCAGCCGGACGGACAGAUGCCCAGUGACAAGACCAUCGGAGGAGGAGAUGAUUCCUUCAAUACCUUCUUCAGUGAGACUGGAGCUGGGAAGCACGUCCCCAGAGCUGUCUUUGUAGAUCUGGAGCCCACUGUCAUUGAUGAAGUACGCACUGGUACUUACCGCCAGUUGUUCCACCCUGAACAGCUGAUCACUGGUAAGGAGGAUGCUGCCAACAACUACGCCCGUGGACACUACACCAUCGGAAAGGAGCUUAUUGAUGUGGUGCUGGACAGGAUCCGCAAACUGGCUGACCAGUGCACAGGUCUUCAGGGCUUCCUUGUUUUCCACAGCUUCGGAGGAGGCACCGGCUCUGGUUUCACCUCUCUGCUGAUGGAGCGUCUGUCCGUCGACUAUGGCAAGAAGUCCAAGCUGGAAUUUUCUGUCUACCCAGCUCCCCAGGUGUCCACUGCUGUGGUGGAGCCCUACAACUCCAUCCUGACCACCCACACCACCCUGGAGCACUCUGACUGUGCCUUCAUGGUGGACAACGAGGCCAUCUAUGAUAUCUGCCGUAGAAACCUUGAUAUUGAGCGCCCAAGUUACACCAACCUGAACAGGCUGAUCAGUCAGAUCGUGUCCUCCAUCACUGCUUCCCUUCGUUUCGAUGGUGCCCUGAAUGUUGAUCUGACAGAGUUCCAGACCAACUUGGUGCCAUAUCCCCGUAUCCACUUCCCUCUGGCCACCUACGCCCCUGUCAUCUCUGCAGAGAAGGCGUACCAUGAGCAGCUAACAGUGUCAGAAAUCACCAAUGCUUGCUUUGAGCCAGCUAACCAGUUGGUGAAAUGUGACCCUCGCCAUGGCAAAUACAUGGCUUGCUGUCUUUUGUACCGUGGUGAUGUGGUGCCCAAAGAUGUCAAUGCAUCCAUUGCCACCAUCAAAACCAAGCGCACCAUCCAGUUUGUGGACUGGUGUCCCACUGGUUUCAAGGUUGGCAUCAACUACCAGCCUCCCACUGUGGUUCCUGGUGGUGACCUGGCCAAGGUCCAGAGGGCCGUGUGCAUGCUGAGCAACACCACUGCUAUUGCAGAGGCCUGGGCUCGUCUGGACCACAAGUUUGAUCUGAUGUACGCGAAGCGUGCCUUUGUUCACUGGUAUGUGGGUGAGGGGAUGGAGGAGGGAGAGUUCUCCGAGGCCAGAGAGGACAUGGCUGCUCUGGAGAAGGAUUAUGAGGAGGUGGGAGCUGAGAGUGGGGAAGGGGAGGAGGAUGAAGGAGAAGAAUAUUGAAAGGCAUGUGCUCUCUUGUACUGCACUGUAACCUGUGCCUUAUGUCAAAAUGAAACAUAGUCAUGUCUGCACUUGUUUGGCUUUCAUUAAUGCACCUGUUGCCUGAUUUUUAACAUCAGCAUUAUUAAUAUAGUAGAUUACCUUUGUCAUUUUGUUUUGCUGUACUGAAGAGAAUAGUUUCUUGAGGCAAAUUGGUACUUGUUCUAGCACUGUCGCUUUUUUCACUUUGGAUAAAUGUUGAUCAUAACCCAAUGUCUGUAAUAUUUUAAAAUUACCCUUGCACAUUAAGAUAUGUUCACUUCCUUAGGCCAUUGUUGCUGCCUAGUAUUUCAAUGUUACACAAAGAAAGCUAGACUUGUGAAUUUUGGGAAUUAAAAUAUUCACACGUUA